AUGUUUGACGAUCAAGACUUGGGUUUCUUCGCCGACUUCCUGGGUGUCUUCAUAUUUGUUUUGGUCACUGCAUACCACUUCAUGAUGGCAGAUCCAAAAUUCGAAGGGAACUAA